AUGGAGGACCAAAGACUCAAGGCUCUCGUCAAUGAAUCAAUUAAAGAGGUGAAAGAGUCCUUUUCCAAGGAUAUUGCAGAUAUUCGCCAUAUGUUACUGGAGGUUUCCGAAAAGCUCGUUUCGGCAAGAUCUCAAACUCGAGAUCCAACAAUGGAUGUUGCUCGUCCUCAUCACGGGAAAGACACUCCUGAAGUUCCCACACUCCGUCAUAGGCCGGCUCCGGUGGAACUAGGACGAUUUUGUGGUGAAAAUCCGGAGGCGUGGAUCUUCCAAGCUGAACGCUACUUUGAUUUUUACGGAAUCGCAGAAACGCACAAGCUAACCUUAGCAUCUUUUUAUCUCGACGGUGAAGCUCUGGAGUGGUACCGAUGGUUAUUCAGGAACAAACAAUUAGUAGGAUGGGAUCAUUUUGCUGAGAAGGCACGAAUAUUUUUCAAGAAAAAGGGGCUUGAAUCAGCAGAGGGACGUUUGGCAAAGCUCCAACAGGUGACUACCGUAUCUGAAUUUCAAGGGAGGUUUGAGGCAAUUGCAAAUUAA